GAUCAAUGGGAAUUCUUCUACCUCCCGUAUCUCAAGUGACCAACACACGUAUCAAUAUGACACAACAUCAUCGAAAUCGAAGUUUAGACAGCGCAUUGCAAAGAAUACCUGAGGUUGAAGUUUCGUCACCAAAUGCUGAGUCGGAAAACACUCUUUGUACUAACACAAUAUUGGGACAAAACUCGUCAACAGUAACAUCAUCGAAUGAAGUUCAAGUGAAGCCAGAACAACCUGAAACUGUUUCAAAUGAUAUUGAAAAUUGUGCAAGCAAUUCAGAAGAGCGUCAACAAGAAAAAGAAGAACAGCAGAAGGGAAAAGAUAAAAACGUGUCAUCAACAAUAACACCUGCUACAAGUCAACGGAGUAAGGUGACGAGAAAAGAGAACCAAACGAAAGAAAGUGAGAGCAAGAAACGUGAAGAUCUAACGAGUUUAGGUUCAGACGAUUCCGGUAAGUUGAAUAGCAAGUUUACAAGUUGUAAUAAGAUAUUUAAUUUGAAUAAACUUUCAGGGAUACUUUGUGGAUCGGAACCUGAUCAACAAUCUCUUAACAACCGUCGUUCACACGAGUCACUUGAUUCAGGUGAAAACGAGCAAUCAGAAGGUGAAGAGUGUAUUGAACUUCUCGAGACAACAUCAAUGGAUGAAGAAUAUAAAAUGUUACAAGCCGAUUUAUGUUUUUACCAACCAUCAGCUUCUUCAAUAGCCAAUGGAAAUAAUCAAAAGAAAGAUGAGACGUUGAAUACAGUGGAAGAUCAACUUGAUGCGAUUAAUGAUAAGAAGCUUCGAUAUCGUGAAUUAAACAUGAAUAAAACAGCCAUUCUGAAAGAGAAAUAUAAUCAAACGAUUUGUGUGCCAAUUGAAUAUGAAGAACCAACGACAGAAGAACAUGAUUCAAAGGAAGAAAUCAAAGAGUUGGUGAAAGAUCAGCAACAUGUGAAAGAUCCCGUAAUGUUUAAAAGUUUUUUCUUUAAAAAUGCCAUUUUUCGAACCGCCCAAAGUAUCAUCGAGAAUCAUGAGAAGAAGAAUGCUAAUAAAAACAAGGACCAAGUAGUGAGUGGUGGCAGUGGACAUGCUGGUGAUUCAUCAACACCACAGCCAACUAAAAAGCGCGAUUUUUUAUUAAAAUCACGAUCGAAAAAUCAUCAAAAUGUAAUGACGACAAGUGUAAGUGCUGAAAUUGCCACAACGACAGAAAAACCGAAAGGAAUCAGCAAAUCAUCAUCGACAAAUUCGCUGAAUACAAUGAAAGUUCCAGGCACAGCUCAGUGUAUGGUGAAAGAACCAAUUCAACCUCAAAUAAAAACUGAACGUGGUCAAAGUGGAUUGUUAAGAUUCUUUGAGUCGCCAGUGUUCAACAUUCAUUUUGCUGUCCAUUAUCUCUUCUACAGUAAAGAGCCAGGAGUCUUGUCAUUCAUUGGAAAUAAGAUUUUCAGCUUUCCAAACAUUGAAGUUGAUCUUUACAUUCCUCAACUCAUCUUAAUGUACAUUCAAAUUGACGAGCUUGCUGAUGUUCUCGAUCCUUAUCUCGUCUAUCGUUGUCGACAAUCAGCUGAUUUUAGUCUUAAAUGUAGUUGGCUUCUGGAAGCUUACAACUUUAAUAUGGAAGGAUAUGUAUCGACAACACAAAAGUUUAAGCAUCUCGUACUGAUGAAGGAAAUUUAUCCAAAGCGUGAAAGAAGAAAUCGAAUAAAUGAUGGAAUUGCUUUGUCACCGACAUCACCUUUUAAGAAGACACAUCAUCGAUCCCAGUCAGAUGCAACGGGAAUGUUGCAUAAUUUUAAGAAAGCAACAGCUCCACCUGUGAAACUUUGUCUUGGUGAUUUAAGUUCGGGACGUGCUUUCGAUAAUGGUUGUCUUUGUUUUGAGUCACAACGCGGUGCUGUUAAUGAUUUGCUUGGACAACAAACUCUGUGUUCAUGUGGAGCGCCAAAGCUUGCAAGUGAGAAAGAAUUCUUAAAGGCACUUAUUGAUAUUGGAAAGAUGUUAACAUCAUUGCCAACGAAAAUCGAGAAAACAAGUCGACUUCGUGUGCUGCUGAAUUUGAUAAAUAAAAAUCUUCCCGCUCGUGUCUGGCUUCCACUCAACUCUGACAUUCCUCAUCAUGUUGUUCGUAUCACAGAGGAUAAGACAGCUGUUCUAAAUUCAAAAGAUAAAACACCUUAUAUAAUCUAUGUCGAAGUUGUUGAAGUUGCUGACAUUUAUACAAGCCCUGUGAUUCCAAAAAUGAUGCCAACAUUGAGACAUACGAAGAGUGAUGAACAUCUUGAUCAACUCAUUGAAUCCACAGAACAAGAGACAAAAGCUAUGCCAUUGAAAGGAUUCUCGAUGAAUCGAAUCAGUUCGCAUCUUGAUGUGUUUAAUGAAGAAGAUGUUUGGUCACAAGAAGAUGAUGAGAUUACAGCACAAUACCUCAGAUUGCACCGGAAAGUCGAACGUGAUGCGGUAUCGCAAUUUUCACUUGAAUCAUGUGAUUCAAUGACAAAAGAAUGUGGUGCUCCCCAUGUGUUCAAUAUUGGUGAUGUCAGAAUGCGACAUUGUAAAAAUCUCAAUUCAGAAAAUACAAAACCAUUCAGAAAUGAUCCUGAUGAUCCUUCAGCAGCUGCUCUAAAGGAACCAUGGCAUGAGAAAGAACGUCAGAUAAGAGAAUCAUCUCCUUAUGGACAUCUGCAGAAUUGGCGACUUCUUUCAGCAAUUGUCAAGAGUGGCGACGAUUUAAGACAAGAAUUGAUGGCAACUCAACUUCUUCAAAUGUUCAAACAAAUUUGGACUGAAGAGAACAUCGACCUUUGGGUUCGACCUUAUCAAAUUGUUUGCUUAAGUAAUGACAGUGGACUCAUUGAACCCAUUCUUAACACCGUUUCACUUCAUCAAAUCAAGAAGAAUUCAAACAAAAGCCUUCGAGAAUAUUUCAUCGAUGAGUUCGGUGGUGAAGCGACUGAUAAUUUCAAGUCAGCACAAAGAAACUUCAUGCAAUCAUGUGCAGCUUAUUGUCUUAUUUCUUACCUUCUUCAAGUCAAAGAUAGACACAAUGGAAAUAUUUUGUUACACUCAGAUGGUCAUUUGAUUCACAUUGAUUUUGGCUUCAUCUUAAGUAUAUCACCAAAGAAUUUGGGCUUCGAGCAGUCUCCUUUCAAACUGACACCUGAGUUCGUCGAUGUAAUGGGCGGACCAGAGUCUGAACUUUACAGUGAAUUUAAACGACUGCUAUUGGCUGGUCUUAAAGCUGCUCGUAAGCAACAAGAUAGAAUCGUUAAUAUUGUUGAGAUUAUGCGAAGCAGUUCACAAUUGCCAUGUUUUAAGAACGGCUGUUCCGCCACCGUCCGCAAUCUUCGCAAUCGUUUUCACAUGAACCUCACCGAACAAGAGCUUGAACGUAAAGUGGAUCAACUCAUUCAAGACUCACUCAACUCUCUGUCUACAAAAUUGUAUGAUGGCUAUCAAUAUCUUACCAAUGGUAUCUUGUGAGAGGAAUCCUUCUAAAUUAUAAAAACAAAAUUCUCUCCAUCGAAAUUUCAUUUUAAACUUAUUUAAGCUAAGUUUUCUUUUUCACUAAGUUUUCUUUUUCGUCUCAAUCAUAUCUUUUUUAAAAGUACAAAUUAAGCGUGUGGGAGGAAACAAAAAAAAAGUAGAUAAUUACCUAAUUAAUUAAUUGUGGCUUUUUCAAAAAUUUAAAAGAAAUUGAAAUUUUUUGGAGAUAAGGAAAAUUCAAUUCAGGUUUCGAUUAAGAUACAAAAACAAACCUUAAGAAAUUAAACAAAGAUGCCUUAAAAUCUUUUGAAAGAAAUCAAACCAGGAACGUAGGUAGCAUCUGAAAAAUUAUGUAAAGAAAAUCAAGUCCAAGAAUGGUCGAAAAUCUAAAAAAAAGGAAAAGGAAAAGAAUGAAAAUUGCCUCAGUUUUUCAACUAAGUUGGGAAAAGUUUUUCUUGUUUUUAUAUAUCUAUGUAUAAAUGUAUCGAUGAAUGAAAAUCAUCCAUAGAUAACAAUCCCAACCAUUGAACUCGCGGACCUGAUUGAUAAUGAGACCAUAUUAGAAAAUUUCCUCGCUGUAAAUUUUCUUUCCUUCCUCCGAUUUUUAGAACUUUUCUCUUUUCCCAUCUUCUUAUAAAUUUAACUUACAAAAGUAAGAAUUAAAAAAAAUUAAAAACAAAGCAAAAAUCAAUGCAAAAAAGAGUUAAGAAAAGCGGGGAAUAAGAAACUUUUGAUGAUAAAUCCCAAAAUGUUCUCCUUUUUUCGAUUAAAUAUUUAAUUAAGUAGUUAUAAGAAUUUGAGAGAAUAAAUUUGUAAGAGUAAUUGCACGUUUAGCUUUUAAAGGAUGAUUGGAAUGAAAGUUCAUUGCGAUCAAUUUUUCUGUUUCUUUUCAUGUUUUAAUCGCAUAACUAAAAUGAAGCUUUCAACUUCCUAUGCAACUUAAUCUUGUUGUAAAUUUUUUCAUCUUUUUGUCCUGAAAACCACUACAUAAUAAAUUCAUAGAUUUUUUAUUGAAAACUUUGAACUUUAAGGGAAAAAUGAAUAAGAAGAAAAGUUUAAGGAAAAUCGUUCGAUGUUGUGAUUUUAUUCCAUUUUCAUAUAUGUAGCUUAAGAUUCAUAGAAAUAAUAUAAAUAUAAAGUUAAUUAUGUACAUAAUAGAUAAUCAAGUUUCAGUCAAAUAUUGGACCUCCAAAAAUCAAACAAAAAAUCAUCAGUCAUUGAUUGCAUAAACAUAAAAAUAAACUCAUUUAAGAGAAAUUCGGAAAUACUCAAAAGAAAGUUUUAGUAAAUAUUUCGUUAUGAAAAAUGAUCUUCCGGAAGUUUAAAAAUUUGAUAAUUAAACCUAAUGGCGUCCACAACAAUAAAAAAAGAAGAAAGAAGAUUUAAAAAUAAUUAAAAAAGAAAUUUAAUAUGUUCUGUCUUUACAUAAUGAAAUGCUAUUAAUAAAUUUGAAAGUUGCGUGCUUUGUAGAAGUUUUUAUGGAAAAAUAAGUUAAAGAUUUAUCUAAAUAACAAGAAAAAAGAAUGAGAAGCGCUGUAAGACGCAAUAAAUAUUUAAAUUAAUUUCAUUCUUCUUAUUUCUCAGCUAAGUGUCUCCUUCUAAAGCAAACCUUUUAAAAGUCAAUAUUGAAAUAAAUUCUAUGAGAAUUUCUACUGAAGCUUCACGUUAUUUCAGCUUUUGAAGAUCCUUUUUGAUUGCUUUCCAAAUUCUAUAAAUUGAUUAUAAAUGAAACGUUUAAAGAAAUGAAUAGUGUUGAUGAGAAAAGACAAAAAUUAGUAACAAUUGGAGAUUGUUGGAGAAUGAAGAAAGGUUUUAUAAACAAAAAAUUGUUUUCUGAUUUAAUGAUCAUUUCUGCAUCACAUUAAUACAUAUGAUUAAAUUUUUCAUUUAUUAAAAUAUUAUGUAAGAAAAGACUGAAAACAUAUGAAGAGCAUGAAAUUUUUUCUAUCUUGCUUAUCAUCAGCGUAAUGGGAAUGUUUGAGAUUAACAAAUUAAUCUUGAUUAAAGUUGACUUCUGAUCAACGCCCCCUCCUUGGAUUCAUCCCUUUUCAAAGCAUAAAAAACAUAAAACAAGAAGAAGAAACAAAUUUUUCAACAUAACAA